UCGACACAGUUACAAUUCACUGUAUAUCCACUCAGUAGUUACAUGGCUUUGCAAGAUGUAUGCGGCCUGCUCGAGCCCCCUCUGUUCCCUCAAUGGACUGCUCCACUCUCACAGUCCUUUAUGCCGGAGGAUUCCACUCAUCUGUUCGGAGGGGGGAUUUAUGGAGAAGCUUUUUCUUCCUGGGUGCCUAGGCGGAGCGGUUUAAACCCUCUUGAGUUUUACAUGCCGAUAUCUGAAUAUAUCACAAAGAGCCCUAUAAAUUUUGGUCAAACACCUCAAAGCUCGAACCUAUUGGAUGUUGACCAUAUGCACCCCACGCUUCCGUACAUCUCCCAGUCAGGUGCUCUACCGUUCACUCUUUCCCAUGGGACUACGACUCUUGGUUUUGCUUUUCAAGGAGGAGUUAUUGCGGCAGCCGACACACGCUCCAGUUGUGCUGGGAAAGUGGCCUGUCCUGCUUCCCCGAAAGUGUUACCUAUUCACUCUCACCUGGUGGGCACCACUUCUGGGACAUCAGCGGAUUGUGCGCUCUGGAAACGGAUUCUGGCCAGGGAACUGCGGCUCUAUCAGCUCCGACACCGCCGCAGACUAUCAACUGGGGGUGCUGCCAAACUCCUGUCCCACAUGCUGCACCCAUUCAAAGGCACGGAGCUGUGCGUCGCGGCCACUCUGUGUGGGUGGGACGGAGAUGAAGACCAAGACAACGAGCAACCAAUGACAGAGAGAUAUGCAAAUACUACACUGACAAGCAAAUCCAGCAGCCAAUCAGCAGCAAGUUCUGGGUUGUCGGGUGUGCGUGGGCCGCGGGUGGUGUAUGUGUGCAGUGAUGGGCUUCGUCUGCAGGGGGCGCUGUUCUCUGUGGGCUCCGGGUCCCCGUACGCCUACUCUAUCCUCGACGGCGGGGUCCGCUGGGGCAUGAGCGCCCAGGAGGCCGCAGCGGUGGCCAGAGAGGCUGUGUAUCGGGCCACAUACAGAGACGCAUACUCUGGGAAUAAUGUAGAUCUGUAUCACGUCACUGCUAAAGGCUGGAGGCGCAGAGAGAGGGAGAACCUGAAGGAGGAGUAUUACAGAGAGAAGGAGAGGAGAGCGCAGAACAACACAGGAGAGAAAUCAAUUCAUUCAAUCAAGUGAGAUGACAGAGAGAGAGAGUCUGAGGAGAAAAACAAGGGGCAGAAUCAAUAUAUAUAUUUACACACAUACUUUUACAGUUGAAGUCAGAAUUAUUUCGCCCUUUUGUAAACUUUUUCUCAAUUUUCCCCCAAAUAAUGUUGAACAGAUUCAGGAAAUUUUCCACAGUAUUUCCAAUUAUAUUUGUUCUUCUGGGGAAAGUCGUAUUUGUUUUAUUUUGGCUAGAAUAAAAGCAGUUUUUAAUUGUUUUAAAGCCAUUUUAAGGUCAAUAUUAUUAGCCCCCUUAAGCAAUAUUAGUUUUGGAUUGUCUCCAGAACAGAAUGGUGUGAACUUUUACUUAAACUAAACUGUUGUUUUUUACUUUUUCAGUUUUGUUUGAUUAAAAUAA